AUGGAUUAUACUGAGAAUCAGACCACCGCUCUGCUAGAUGCACCUCCUGAUUCCAGCACUAGCAACAAGGUUCCAACACCCAUGCGACGUCGGCCAAGAAAGCCCAUCAGCUGUCAGUCGUGUAGACAGUCAAAAUUGCGAUGCGAUCGCCAAUCUCCAUGCGCUACAUGUAAGCGACGGAACUGCGUUAGUUCGUGCAUUUAUGCAAAUGGUAAGGGAAUUCCCCCAAUAGUGCGACUUCUAAAUUCCCCAAGUAGUACCAUUCGGGGGGAAUCUGCUAUUCCGCACUCACUGCCGCAUUUACUAUCGCAACAACCGGGCAUUGGGAUAAUUUCAGAACCUCAUUUACCUUUGGAAGCCAAUCAAGAACGGCAAGAUGUCACUUACGCUCGUUGGGAUGCAAUUCUCCAGCGACCAACUGACCAAGCAGACCGCCCCGCGCUGAACCAGUAUGAUCCUUUUUCCAGGUCCGGGAAUAUCUGCUUUCCCUUCCCUCUAGGCAACAGCCUCAGUAUGGCGGAGCUACUAAGAAUACUGCCCCCAAAUCAUUGCUGCGAGUAUUUUAUAACGCAAUAUUUUAUGCAUCUGUCGCCGUUAUUCCACAUCCUGCACGGUCCAACUUUCCAAAAACAAUACCAAGCCUUUCGGGAGAACCCUUCCAAGGUAGACCUCUCUUGGUUAGCAUUACUUUUCUCAGUGUGCGCGGCAACGGUCCAGACAAUGGAAGACGAUGAUAUUGUACUAGAGGACCUUUGGCCAAAAGAGACUGCGACUCGUGAUACGGAGGCUCUCUCAUAUCAGUAUCGUGUUGCCGCCAUGCUCUGUCUCUCUAAAGACAACUUUUUGUUCCGGCAUCACCUUAAUACGCUUGAGGGACUGUUACUUCUUGGCAUAGCUCUGAAUAUAGGCAUUGCUCUCCGAUGCAACGUUCAGAUCCAAACUCGACCGGAGACGUUGAAUUUUAUUGAGAUUGAGCGCCGCCGUCGCUGCUGGGCUGGAAUCCUUCUUCUUCACACCAACCAAGCAAUAUCAUUCAAAGAUAUCGAUAUGUCUUUCCUUCUCGAUAUCAAAGCAACAAUGCCCACAGAUGUUAAUGAUAUUGACAUCACGGAAGAAGCCGUUAUGCAGCCAUCCAGCCAACCAACACAGAUGUCCGUAAUGAGGUUCAAGAUCCAACUAUUUCAACUUUCAAGCCGGAUCUGCCGCCAUCUACUGAGUCAACCAUAUAUGAACGAGGAGACUUUGGAUACCUUGGAUGCUGCAGUGGCCAGAGAGCAGUCUCAGUGGGACUCUACUUUCCUUUUAGAAGGCAAUCCAAGUAUACUGGAUACCUCAAAUUAUGCACACUGGUGCAUUUUACAGCUCUACGCACAUCAGCUCUACCUUCUUCUCCAUCGCCCUUUUUGCCACAAACAAUCAUCUAGUGGCUCCAGAUUUCGUCAAAGCUCCCAAGCCAAGUGCAUAUCCUCCGGUGCUGCUUUAUUGGAUCUUCAUCAGAAAUUUUUCGAACUUCCAAGGCUACGUCACUACCGUUGGUAUGUUUACGGCAUGACUAGCUUCUAUGCCUUACAUGGGGCUGUUGCAUUAGCAUCAUGUCUGCUUGAUAAGGACGACGAGACAUUUGACUCGACCUCGUAUCGAGCUUCUUUCGAUGCAUCUAUAGCACGAUUCGAUUUACUUCAAAGCAGGAGUGCAAUUUGUACCAAGGCCUACCCAAUCCUAAGCCACCUGCAGUCCAUGAUGUCUCCGGGACAAUUUAAAUGGUCUACUCCUGUAGAUUACCAGUUCAGAAAUAAUUUUGACGACUGGAUUGAUGCAGUGCAAUGGCUCAAUCCUGAUUCCGUGAACUGGGUAAGCAAUUUGCCAGAUGAGUGA